UGGCCGCGCCAUUGUGACAUCACGGUCAGCCCACGUUCUGAUUGUAGAUACCCGGCGCCUUCCUCUUCCCAUCGCGGCGGUUCCUUGUUGCCGGUCCCUCCCUCCGACAUCCUCCUCUCCCCGGCGUGACAGACUCCGAGAGCCGGCCGACCGCGGGCGCUCCUGCCGCCGCGCUGCUGCUUCUCAAGGCUGCUGCUGCCCCUCGUGCCAAGAGGUUUUGAAAUGGAAAAUUUUGAUGCAUCACUUAGUCCCUAUUUCAAGGCAUUUCUAGGCACCCGAGAUACCAGAGUAAAAGGAUGGUUUCUUCUGGACAAUUAUAUACCAACUUUUAUCUGCUCUGUCAUAUACUUAUUAAUUGUAUGGCUGGGACCAAAGUACAUGAAGAACAGACAGCCGUUCUCUUGCCGGGGAAUAUUAGUGGUGUAUAACCUUGGACUCACAUUGCUGUCUCUCUAUAUGUUCUGUGAGUUAGUGACAGGAGUAUGCGAAGGCAAAUAUGAUUUCUUCUGUCAGGGCACACGCAGCGGGGGAGAAGCUGAUAUGAAGAUUAUCCGUGUCCUCUGGUGGUACUACUUCUCCAAACUUAUCGAGUUCAUGGACACUUUCUUCUUCAUCCUGCGCAAGAAUAACCACCAGAUCACGGUCCUGCACGUGUACCACCACGCCACCAUGCUGAAUAUCUGGUGGUUUGUGAUGAACUGGGUGCCCUGUGGCCACUCUUAUUUUGGUGCCACGCUAAACAGCUUCAUCCACGUCCUCAUGUACUCAUACUAUGGUCUGUCAUCUGUCCCUUCCAUGCGUCCUUAUCUUUGGUGGAAGAAGUACAUCACUCAGGGGCAACUGCUUCAGUUUGUGCUGACAAUCAUCCAGACCACCUGCGGUGUCAUCUGGCCUUGUGAGUUCCCCCUUGGAUGGUUAUAUUUCCAAAUUGGAUACAUGAUUUCCCUGAUUGCUCUCUUCACAAACUUCUACAUUCAGACUUACAACAAGAAGGGGGCCUCCCGGAGGAAAGACCACCCAAAGGACCAUAGAAACGGCUCCGUGGCUGCCGUGAACGGACACACCAAUGGCUUUCCUUCCCUGGAAAACAAUGUGAAGCCAAGGAAACAGAGAAAGGAUUGAUUCAAGGAGCUAGAACCCUGCAAAAGACGUCGGCUGAUUGCAAGCACAAUAUGAGUUGUGCCCCGAUGCUCAUUAACAGCUGCUGCUGUCACUAGUCCGGCCUACAGUCGCGUGAUUCACGUAGGUCCUCUUUCAUCAGUCCAAAAACCCCCUAGAACACGUAUACAGAUUUUACAAGUAGGCAUAAGAUUUUUAACAUUUCUGGGCUCUCACUGACUCCUGCGCUAGACUGUGGAAAGGGAGUAUUAAUUGUAGUAUACAACACUGCUGUUGCCUUAUUAGUUGUAACAUGAUAGGUGCUGAAUUGUGAUUCACAAUUUAAAAACACUGUAAUCCAAACUUUUUUUUUUUACUGUAGAUCAUGCAUGUGAUUGUAAAUUUGUACAAUGUUGUUACAGUAGAGAAACACACAUGCCUUAAAAUUUAAAAAGCAGGGCCCAAAGCUUAUUAGUUGAAAUUAGGGUAUGUUCCAAGUUUUUAUUCAUUUUAAUAACUCUGUUUAGAGAAAUCAAAGACCAUGAUUUAUGAAACAGCUAGUGUGUGACACAUAGUUUCAGGUGACUUGUACAUGUGAAAUCAGAAAAGGCACCUUCAGUUUUUAUGAUAUUGGCUUUAAAUCAGGCAGGCUCAAAUCUAGUGGAACAGUCAGUUUUAACUUUUUAACAGAUCUUAUUUUUUUAUUUUGAGUGCCACUAUUAAUAAUGUAAAGAAAGGUGCGGGGGGAAGGGGUUGCGUGGGAAUCUAAGGCAGUCUUGAUGAAACUUAAAUAUAUAUUCUUUGUCUUCAAGAUUUUAGAAAGUGUGUAGCGUACAUAGGCCAUUUUUAAUUUCUGAAGUACUGUUUUUAUACAGCAAACAAAGCUGAUUUUGCUUUCCACCAGUGUGAGAGAGGAUAUAAACUUUCCAAAAGAGACAAUUGGAUGCUUACGAUUUGACAAAGUCCUGUAGAUGAGCAAUGAAGAGCUGGUCGCCAGAAUCCAAAUUUGGAUUGAUUUCUGUACUGCUAUCUGUUUUGACACAAACUUCCUUUUGAAGUGUGCCUAGUUUACCAAAAUGAAUAAAGGGAAAAAAGGACCAUAAAAUGUUUUUAAGGUAAGAUUAAACAGGUAGCUACAGCAUAAGAGAACUAGGAAAUUGGGUGGAGAUAAUUUGUUUAAUGUAAAUCUAAUCUAACCUGUAAUUUUUUUUCUGCUUAGGAUCAAAAGAUUUGUUGUUCAGAACCACUUGUUUAAAAAUAAUGUACUUAUAAAAUCAUGUCUUAUACACUUGAGGCAGUGUUCAACAGAUGAGAGCUAUUGUAUAUGUCAUUUUAAAGUGUUGAAAUUUAGUCUCUGAAUAGCUUCCCCAUUGGAAAAAAAAAAAACAUACAUUGAACCACUCAUGACACAUCUUAGAAUGUAAUUGACAAUGUAUAAACUAAUUGCUGGUUUGAUGUUUUUGUAAAUACCAGUUUACCAUGCUUUAAUUUUGCACAUUCAUAUUAUAGGGAGCCCAUUGGUUCUCUUAUUAGUCUUGUGGAUUUUUUGUUUGGAAGGAGUCACAGCAUCUGUUUACAUUUACCUUACUCUAGAAUGUGUAUAUUUGUAAAUGUGUGUCUUCAUUCCUAGGUACUAGUUUGCAGAUGUCUUAACAUAUUUCAAUACAGAAACUGUAACAUUCAGAAGUGUGCUGUCAGAGUGUGCUUAGCUCAUCUGGAUAUACCCACACUGUUAAGUAAUGUCUAAACAUUAGUCAUUAAAACAUCUUUGAUUAUC